GCCGUUUGUCAUAAAUAUAAGUGCACAUACACAAUACAGACAUCGGUGCGGCUACAAGUCAAUUUGUGUGCGGCUUUUUUUUCUCUCUUUACCAUUUAAUGGAAUUGAGACAGUUGUGAAUAAUUGAGUGGCAGUCGAUUGCAAGAACGGAAACGUAGUUGAAACGAAUUGAGGAGGCCUUUGUAAUCAAUAAGAACUGUGUUAUUUUCCGACCGAAAAACCAAAUUCCAAUCGAAAGUGCAAAAGAAAAAGAAAAGUAGUGAAUCAUAGCGUACGAAAAGUCAAGUAGUGGGAGAAAAAAAAAGAAGAAGAAGAAGAAGAAGAAAAAAAUGGGACAAAAAGUGUCGCGUACAGAUUUUGAAUGGGUUUACACGGAAGAGCCGCAUGCAUCACGUCGCAAAAUAAUUCUGGAAAAGUAUCCGCAAAUCAAAAAACUCUUUGGCUAUGAUCCGAAUUUUAAAUAUGUGGCGAGCGCAAUGGUGCUGGUGCAGUUUGCAAUGUUUUUUGUUAUGAAAGGUCAAUCGUGGCCGGUAACAUUGCUUGUUGCAUAUUGUUUUGGUGGUGUCAUCAAUCAUUCACUGGCGCUGGCAAUUCAUGAAAUCGCACACAAUUUAGCAUUCGGACAUGCUCGUCCGAUGGCCAAUCGAAUGUUUGGUUUCUUCUGUAAUUUACCGUUGGGCGUGCCUAUGUCGGUGUCAUUCAAGAAAUACCAUUUGGAACAUCAUCGAUACCAGGGUGACGAAGUCAUUGACACCGAUCUGCCCACACUGCUCGAAGCCAAGCUGUUCAAUACGACAUUCGGAAAAUUGUGCUGGGUGUGUUUGCAACCAUUUUUCUACAUUAUUCGACCGUUGAUUGUGAAUCCAAAGCCACCGACACGUUUGGAAUUGAUAAACACCGUCAUUCAAAUCAUAUUCGAUGCAAUUGUUGUUCACUUCUUUGGCUGGAGUGUGCUGUGGUACAUGAUCAUUGGCACACUGUUGGCAAUGGGUUUGCAUCCAGUGGCCGGUCACUUCAUUUCCGAGCAUUAUAUGUUCAAAAAAGGCUACGAAACCUAUUCAUACUAUGGACCAUUGAAUUUUAUCACAUUCAACGUUGGCUACCACAAUGAACAUCAUGAUUUUCCAGCCGUACCCGGCAGCCGUCUGCCCGAAGUCAAACGUAUUGCAGGCGAAUUUUACGAUAAUAUGCCACAACACAACAGUUGGACUCGCGUUCUAUACGAUUUCAUCACAGAUCCCGAUGUUGGACCAUAUGCCCGCAUUAAGCGCAAACAACGAGGCCUUGACUCAUAGAUAUAGUGCACACAAAGGAAAAAAGUUAACUAAUAUCAGUGUAAAUUAAAACUAAUAAAGAUGCAACAUAUUUUCUACAUUGUAAAUUGAACGUAACUAAAAGAAAAACAAAUAUCGGUUUCAACGUACCAUAUACAAAGAUUAUAAAGAUAUAUCAACACUUUUUUCCCUCUGCUAAACUUAUGAAGCAAUCGAAAUUAAAUUUAGAUAGAUUAAUUGAAAUGAGUAAAUAUUUGUUUGAAACCGAUGAAAAUAAAAAUCGAUUAAGACAAAGAGCACGCGAAACAAAUCUAAAAAAAACUAAUAUAAACGGGUAAAAUGCAGUCAAGUAGCAGCAGAAGGCUUUAAAAUAACAACAAAAAUGUUUAAAAAAAAGUUCUACGGAAUGAAAAAAAAAAGAAAAGAAAAAAUCAAAAAAGAACAACCUAUUUUUGCAGUGUAAAAUACCAAAUGUAAAUAGACUCCGUUCAAUAUUUAAGCAUUAAGAAGUUAAUUGCAUGGGAGAACAAAAUAAAAUCAAAAACUAGAGAAUAUUUAUUGUUCAGCAACACUUGAAAGAAUUAUUUAAAAGAAAAACAAAUUGUUUUUGUGAAACAACAACACAAUAUUUUGAUUGUACGUGAAUUUUUUUUAGCUUCUAUUUAUUAAUCAAAACAAAAAGAAGAAUGUUCAUAAAAAUGAAAACAACAAAAAUUGCCGCCUUUAGCUAAGCUAGAUCAAAUUAAAAUAAAGCAAAAUGAAUAUUUUUUAUUAAACCAAAAUGAAACCAAAAUGAAACCAACGAAUAGCCUGAAUAAACAAAUGCACUUUAAUAACAACAACAACAACAAAAGAGAGACCAAAACAAACUUUAUGAAUAAAAUCGGCUAAAAUAUUCAUCCAUAAUGCAAUU